AUGUCUUGGUUAUUUAAUAAACCUUAACAGCCAGUAUAAUAGCCUAAACUUCCAGCAAAUUUCGCAGAGAAGGUCCUAAACUUAGAGUUAGAUGUUGAAUCUAAUGCUGCUUCAAAAGAAGAAAUUUAAGAGCUAUUAGAAUUAUAUAGUGUAAUCUGAUCUAUUAAUCUAGUAAGCUGUAGAACACUAUUCUUCAAUUAAAUCAGAAAGAUAUACUGUAUUUACCAACAAAAUUCAAGCUCUGUUAAUGAAACCCUAUGUGAAUAAAAUGUUUGGAGCAGAAGGAAAAUAAGAAUCUAAAUAAAUUUAAUAAUAGCAUGUGCAAAAGGAGUAAAUCAAAAACAACAUAUAAUUCAUUUAACAAAUGGAUAGUAAUAAAUAAGUCUAAUAGAUGAUGACUGCUGCUAUCGAUGAAAAAAUCAAGAGAGAAAAUAUGAUUGCUGAUGAUUUUAAAAUGCAAGAUCACAGAGUCCAAUAAAGAAUGCUAAGGAGAAUUAAAGUAAUUAAGCAUAUCUAAUUAUCAAGGACCCUUCAAAGUAUAACUUAGCCAUCUCCAAAAGCACAUCUCUUUGCCAUUUAAAAUUAGAAAUUGAAUCUUAGAGUCAAUAAUCAACUCUUCCAGAUACUUUGGAAUAGGGAUAAGACAUUAGAUCUGAUCCAGUCUUAGAUAAAUAUUUGGAGGCUGCUGCCCAAUAGUAAUUCACUGAUUUGAUUAAAAAUGAUUUUGAUUAAGUUGAACAGCUCCCCCAAUAACAAACUUCAAAUGUAGGCAAUCAAACACAAAUUUCAGAGCCUGAAUUGGUUAGUCUUCCAAUAAAGCCAUCUUAAAUUAAGGAUAAGCUGUAUUCAUAUUUUAAUGAUGAUCCAUAACCAAUAGAUCAAUAAAAUUGGUCUCUUCAGUUAGGGGAUCUUUCCCAUCCAAAAUCAAAAAAAGUAAGGGAAAUGGUGAAUAAAAAUACGGAACUUAUCAAGCAAAAAAAAGAGCUAAAUAACAUCUUACCAUGUUGA